GUAAGUUUUCUUUUCUGGUGUGACUCUGUGCCGCGCGGCCCCCCUUUCUCCAUCUUCAGAGUGUGGGGGGUCACCAAGGACCGUAAAUCUCAGCACCCGCCCCUACGCUCCCAGUAAAUCCGGACGUCGCCGUUUCAGGAUCGACCUCUAAAGACUCUUGUCUGAGGAAGAAGCCCAGAAGAGGAGGGAGAGGAAAGAAAAGGAGUCUGGAAUGGCUCUUUCUCAGGCACAGUUGACCUUCAAGGAUGUGGCCAUAGAAUUCUCUCAGGAGGAGUGGGAAUGCCUGGACCCUGCUCAGAGGGCCUUGUACAGGGACGUGAUGUUGGAGACCUACAGGAACCUGGUCUCCCUGGAUUUCUUGGAGGCCUGCCUGCUUUCUCCUCUUUAUCUUUUGUACUGGAAGCUCUUUGAGGAAGAGGAGGAAGGGGAAAGCAGAGGAGUCAGGAAUGACUCUUUCUCAGGCACGGUUGACCUUCAAGGAUGUGGUCAUCGAAUUCUCUCCAGAAGAGUGGGAAUGCCUGGAUCCUGCUCAGAGGGCCUUGUACAGGGACGUGAUGGUGGAGACCUACAGGAACCUGAUCUCUGUAGGAUAGACCUCUAAACAUUCAUUUUGUCUAAGGAAGAAGCGCUUAAGAGGUGAAAGAGGAAAGAACUGGAGUCUGCAAUGGCUCUUACUCAGGCAACGAACCUUCAUCCCCUGCAGUGGAAGCACUGACUCUUAACCACUGGACCACCAGGAGGUCCUGGGGUUUGGAGAUUUGCUAGAUGGAAAAUCAGAGAGAAAAACUGAACCUUGAUGGGAAGAAGACUGCAGGACAGCGUGGGGUCAUCUGGACGACGUCGCCGCGCUGAUGACCUUGCCACUCCAAGGGCGUGCUUGUAGGUACUGUGGCGCAGGAAGGGGCUUUGCGGAUGCCGGAGAGAUGCCGUUGAAAUCAAGAUAGACACCCCACCCUGGCUCAUCUUCUAGGAAUCCCCAAAGGAUUUUGGAAAACCAUUGUCCCUUUUAGAUUCCCAUUUUCCCCCAGGUGUGUUAGGUUUUCUCAUUAAGUCCUAGAGUGUGGCAGGGCCCCCAGGGAGGUGAGGUGCCAGGUGACAUCUGCGUAGUGAAUGGAACUUUGGGCUCCUGUGUGGUGCUGGAUUCACGUCACAGGCUCUGUGUCUUUUCAGUGCUCGUGUGCUAAAUGUUCACGGUUAGCGGUCUGUUACGUAGACAGAGAUUGUCAGGAAAACUUUUUGUAGCAAAUGGUUUCCUCUUCCUACUCAUAAAUAUAUAUGCCCUUUAUUUCUUUUU